AUGCGAUUUGACCUACUGAGCCCAGUGAGUUUGAGCUCGCUCUAUACAUUGGCGCUGCCUUUUUUCUCCCCGAACCCCGGCUCUGUUACGACUCACGCAUCACCCUGUACUUCCUCCGUCCUACCCGCUGGCAGAGCCACUCAUUAUCCUCAUGCCGUUGGCCACGAUGACCAGAUGGCAGAGCCUAUGUCCAUCGAGGAGUGUGGGAAUCUGCUUAUUUUGGCUGCUGCCUAUACUUUGGUCACUGGCAAUACCCGCGGGGCCCCAAAGUAUCUGGAGAUAAUCCCGAAGUAUGCAGACUAUUUAGUGGAUAACAGAAUUGACAUUGUGUGCCAGCUAUCGUCUAAGGAUGCAGCGGGAGCCCUCGCCAAUGAGACGAACCUAGCGAUCAAGGCCGCUGUCGGUCUCAAAGCGUUUGGAGAGAUGGGUGGAAAUAGUCUCUGUUCUUAUGUUAGCGAUGGACCUGCGGAUCCCUUCUUCCACUGGGGGUCGGGAACAGACGAAGACCAGACCCAUUUCGUUCUGGAAUAUCCUGGCCGGCCAGAUACCUGGAAGACCCCAUAG